CCGAGACGGCAACGGAGAAUCAAGAUUCCAAGGAGUAAUAAUGGCCGUCACGCCGGGAUCAUUCCACCCCGAGCACCGUUUCCGGGCACCUCCGCCUUCUCCCGCAGCCCCCGGCCGCCCUGACCACCAUUUCCGGGCACCUCCGCCCUCUCCCAUAGCCCACGGCCGCCGCUCCGGCAUCGCCAACGACCAAGAACUGACCCAGUUCCUCCAGAGCUCCCUCAGAGUCCCCAACCUCGCCCUCCCCGGCCGGGGGUUUCCCCGGAGGAAGCUGGUCCGGGACCCGCCGGAGCUCGACUUCCGGGCCCUGGAAUCAAUGGGCCCGGAAUCCGCGCUCGACGUCCUGGACUCCGCCGCGAGGGCCGGCUGCUUUGUGGUCAUUAACCACGGAAUCCCGGGCGAACUGAUCCGGUCGGUCCUGGCCGCGGGCGACGGGGUUUUCGGGAUUCCGCCGGAGGUGAAGGCGGAGGCGGCACGGUCGCCGGAGAUUCCGUGGGGGUUUGAGGAGGUUGAUGGAGAGGAGGGGGAGACGCAUGGGAGCGAAGAGUUUGUGUGGUGCAAUGAUGAUCCAGCCUUCAUCAAGAAAAUGGAGGGGUUUUGGCCCAUGGAGUUUUCAAAUUUCAGAGAAGAAAUGGAGAAGCUAUUGGGUGAUGUUAGAGACAUAUCCAAGAAGAUUCUUGGGGUCUUAGAGAAGAAUAAGAAGAAUAUUCCCAGCAGCAGCAGCAGCAGAAGAAGGAAAGCAUUCCAAGAAGAAGAAGAUGAAGAAGAAGAAGGAGAAAGGGGAGGCGGCAAUGUAUGCUAUCUCCACAAGCAAUGGCACAUUGGGAACAACAGCUGUAGUGAAUAUGAUAUGAUUCGGUUUUUGAUCAGAGGGUGUGAAUUCCCUCACCACUUGUGUGCCCAUUUCGCCAAUGGGUCUUCCAGCUUCAAUGUUUACUCCAAGAAACAGUGGGUCUCCUUCCACCCCCGCGAAAACUCCAUCGUUUUUACCGUUGGCGACAGGUUGCAGGCAAGGAGUGGUGGAAGGUUCCUUCUCGAUCUCCCUUGGCUUCCGCGGUUCCAAGAGCGAAACCUCAUUGUUCAAUUAUGGUCAGGGGUCACAGAUGGUGUCUUACUUCUGUACAUGGAUGACAUCAUUCUCAGAGCUUCCUCACAGAGUCCCCUUCAGAAUAUCAUACAGCAUCUGAAGGAAGAGUUUGCUAUGACAGACAUGGGGGACCUUCACUUCUUCUUAGGGAUCAAUGUUCAGCGCACGUCUCAUGGAUUAUUUCUUACACAGACUCAGUUUAUCUAUGACUUACUUGAGCGUGCAGGAUUUACAGGGGAUACUAUCGAAGCAGAAGGAACUAUCACGGUAAAGGCCGGGGUAGGAGAUGGCACCCACCGACUCUGGGUCGACAUGGAAUUUAUGGUAGUACAGCUCGACUGUGCACACCAUCUGAUUCUGGGACGACCAGGGUUGGAGGACCUGGAGUGCGUAAUCUCCCCCGUCCACUUAUGCCUAAAGUUCAACACUCCCACGGGGGUGGGAGUAGCAAAGGGGAACCAGAGCCUGUCACGGUCGUGCUAUGUCAGGGCGACCAAAAGCCAAGCCCGAGUCGACGAGAAUGUGAGCACGAUCUGUGCGGCGAUCCAGAAGGAGGAGGGGCGACCCCGAGCUGAGCUGGCGGAAGAGGUCGAGGAAAUUUCUUUGGACCCGAUUGAGCCCGAGCGGAAGGUGAAGGUAGGCAAAACCUUACCGCUUGAAUUAAAGGAGCAGUUAUUGGAGGUCCUCCGAGCAUUCAAGGUGCUAUUCGCUUGGGGACCAGAGGAUAUGUCAGGGGUCGACCCAAAAAUCAUCUGCCAUAGAUUGGCAGUGGAUCCGACCCACAAGCCGGUCAAACAGAAGAAGCGUUUCCUUUCCGCGGAACGGAGAGAGUUUGUCACCAAGCAGGUGACAACCCUGCAGUCCAUUGGGCACAUCCGGGAAGUCCGCUACCCGGAAUGGUUGGCAAAUGCAAGCAAAACUCCGAUCACCGGCCGUCCAGGACGACCACCUUUCUUCCCCAACAUGGAAUGGGAGUGGUCGCCCCCAGCCUCGGCAAAAACCCACCGCCCUUCUCCUACCAAGGAAGGACGGGGGACGGCUCACUUCUCUGUGAACCCCAACCAGCAUCACCUAGGCGAGGACGGAGAUCCUGAAGCCGCCCGAGCUACUUCAGGUCGCCUAGGGGUCUUCUGGGGAAGUGAACGGCAAGCGGGGCGAGGAGGGGUAAGUGCUCAUCUUGAAAGCUCUCCCAGGCCAUACAUUGCAAGGAAUGGAGGGGGCAUAGAGCAUCCCAGUCAAUCCACCCGUCAGGUAGGCGGUUAGCGGAGAGGGCCUCGUACGCCUCAUUAAAGUCUUCAUAAGGGU